AUGAAUAUGAAAAUUACAUACUUCGUUCUUGUAUUAACUUUACUCUUUAUUACCAUCAAAGAGUUAACUGCUGCAAGAAUUCCUCAAAAUUCUCAAAGAGAUGUUAAUCCUUUGCUUAAACGUGGUGAUGAUAAGAAGAAAUGUUAUGAUUAUGUCGUUGCAACAGCAGAAUUUGAUGAUGACAAUGGUGUGACCGGUCUUGUUACUCUCUCUCAAGACGAUCAAUGUGAUAAAACCUUUGUCGAUGGCCUUUUCUCAAGAGGCUUUGAUAAUCCAGAUAAAAAUUGUUAUGGUCUCAUUCUCGAAGAUUGUGAUGGAAAUGUUGCCUAUAAUUUGACAGAAGAAUUAUGCUUUGAUGGCCAUGGUGGUACUAAACCAUUUCAAGAUUAUAUUCACUUUGAUCUUUUCGAAUUUUUAUACGGUAAAGGUGGUAAGAGAAAACGUCAAGCUGGACCUACUCUUGCUGUUACAAAUGGUGCUCAACCUAUAACCAGCACCACUGUCACUCCUAAAGCGCCUGCGAGUUAA